AUGGCGCCAUCCACCCGCCCCGACUACAAAAUCAACCUUGACGGACUCGGCUCUUUGAACAUGAACCAGCAGCGUUCCGCUCACACCUCGGCCACCAACAGCCCGAUCGAAGCACCUGCCGGUUCAGGUCUGAGGUAUCCGUUGGGCAACGGCAGUGCUCAGGCAGGGCCUGGGCGUGCCGGUGCCGGCUCUCCUUCGAAAGAGUUUGGGAGUCGACUGUUUCCUAAGAGAGCCCGCGAAAUCCAAGCUCAAGAAGGCCUGUCUCCAUCGGUAUGGGGGCCACCCACUACCGGCAGCGGUCACUCGACACCACUGCGAGAGUCGAUUCCAGAGUCACCCAACCGUGACAGCUUUCCAGACUACAACGAAGGGCAGGCUACUGCAGGCUCGACCACGACCGAUCCGCCAAAUGCCACUCGCCGUGCCCGUGCUGGUACUGUGCCUUCACGCAUACCUUCCUCAAGUGGUCUGAACGGCUCCAGUACAUCGCUAUAUUCGAAAUCGAAUCGAGCGACCCCGUCUACCAGCCCGUACGGAGCAAACACACCCACCUCCUUUGACCCGCAAAACUUGAACGGGACGACUGCAAGCAAUGCGGCGCUCCUUUCACGAUUAAGAGCAGGGUCAAUGCCACAGCGGAACAGCUACUUGGGCGCCUCCAAUCCGUUCGGCAACUCGUUGUUUGCGAGCAACUGGCUCGCUGGAAGAGAAAGGGCUAGCACCCUACAAAGCAUCAGAUCAUCGGACGCGCCAUCAUCACCCCGAGACUCCCCUGCCGAUAACCAUGUCAGGACUUUGGACUAUCUGGGCUUAGUGGAUACUCCGACGAACCAGAACAGAUCGGAUCAGAUGAUCGGUCAAGCGAAUGGCGUGUCCAUCGCAGACCUCGCAGCUUUGAACGCAAUGAACAGCAAGAAUAUGGCCAACCGCUUUAGGUCGUACUCCGUCAAUGCAAAAGAGAAGUAUGCGGAUGGAGACGAUGCGGACAUGGACCAGUACGAGCAGGCCGGCAUGUAUUCGGGCCAAAUGACACCAUCCGCAGAACAAGCAGCUGCCAUCAACGAGGCCGUCCGGCAACACAAUCUGGAGGUGCAAGCCUUCGCCAACUUUGCGAGCGCCAAUAGACCUAGAGCUCGUACUGCUGGCGUGCUUGAUUCACCUUCAUCACGUGUGCUUAGGAACUACAUGCCGCAACCGUCGAGGCUUGACAGCAGUAUGACUGCUGCAGACCUACAGAGCAAUGAUGGCUCCGACUUCAACGGUCUGUCGAGUGCAGUGCAGAAUAUGCACCUCAACACACAGCCUUCCUUUGUCGGCCUGGAUGCGAACAUGGAAAGCGCAACUCGAUCACUCUGGCUUGGCAACAUCCCAUCGUCGACCACGAUAUCGACAUUGGAAAGCGUGUUCGUACAGUUUGGACCUGUCGAGUCUGUGAGAGUGUUGACACACAAGAGCUGUGGUUUUGUCAACUUCAAGAAUGUCGAAAGCGCUGUGAUUGCGAAAGCACAAUGCAACGGCAAGGAGUUGCUCCCAGGCAGCGGCCCGGUCAGGAUCGGAUACGCAAAGGAGCAGAGUGCUUCGAACACACCAGGACCCAACGGUGCCUAUCCAUCACCAAGCCCGGAUCCGUUUGUCUCAAAGAACCGCAACGAUGGUUCGGCGGCAUUUGGCGGAGCAGAUCGAGGCGGCAACAUCAAUGCAGCGACCAGAGAUGCCGCGCUGGUGAAGCCGAACCUCCUAGAGCUCAAAGAUGAAGUGCGGAGCAUCGUCCAACAGUUCGGUGCCACGCCAGAAGACCAGAUGAGGAUCAUUUCGAACCUCGAGAACGCUAUGAGCUUCCACGACUACCAGACGGAAAUUCCACCGAUUCCUGAGUCCAGCCACAACCGCGUGCACGAUGCACCUCGUCUUCGUGAGAUCCGGAAGCGCAUCGACAACAAUUCGUGCAGCCCGAUGGAGAUUGAAAGCAUCGCUCAGGACAUGCUGCCGGAGAUCGCUGAGCUUUCAUCCGACUACCUUGGCAACACCGUCGUGCAGAAAUUAUUCGAGAACUGCUCCGAGGACUUGAAGGUGGCGAUGCUCCAGCAGAUCGCACCCCAUCUCGCCGAGAUUGGCGUGCACAAGAACGGCACCUGGGCUGCACAGAAGAUCAUUGACGUUGCGCGCUCUUCCACGCAGAUGCACCUGAUCGUUGACGCUCUGCGACCGCACGCUGUCAACCUGUUCCUUGAUCAGUACGGCAACUACGUCAUCCAGUGUUGCUUGCGCUUCCAGGCUCCGGCACAUGGUUUCAUCUUCGACACCAUGAUCAACCAGCUGUGGGAGGUAGCGCAAGGCCGGUUCGGUGCGCGUGCUGUGCGUGCGUGUCUGGAGAGCCACUUUGCGACCAAUGACCAGAAGAGGCUCAUGGCUGCUGCGAUUGCUCUGCACAGUGUACAGCUGGCCACAAACUCGAAUGGUGCGCUGCUGUUGACGUGGUUCUUGGAUACCUGCACGUUCCCUCGCAGGCGGUCGGUGCUGGCUCCUCGAUUGAUCCCGCAUCUGGUCCAUCUUUGCACCCACAAGGUCGCGUACCUGACUGUCCUGAAGAUUGUCAAUCAGCGCAAUGAACCCGAUGCUCGUGACAGCAUCCUCAGAGCACUGUUCUUCGACGAUCAGACACUAAACGACAUUGUCAGCGAGCCGACGUGCGGCGCAACGCUCAUCUUCAAGGUCCUCACAACUCCUUUCCUGGACAAUAGCCUCCGCCCAGAAUGUCUGGAAAACGUCCGCAACGUCCUCCUCCGCAUCAAAGCCCAGCCCAACCAAGGCUACAAGCGCCUCAUGGACGAAGUCGGCCUCUCCACCCGCCACAACGGCACUCCACCCAUCAACGACUCCCGCGGCAACUCCAAGACGCGCCAAGGCAGCAACAACAACCAGCUUCCCCACCUCGACACCAACGCCAACACCUACGGCCGCUCCCCCUACACCGGUGGCACCCCGCAACAGCAAUUCGACCACCACGCCAUGCAACGCAACGUCAGCAUGGACUCCUCCACCUACCCCGGGGAAGCCUACGCCAACAACGGCCUCGUCACCCCGCAAUACACCCAUUCGCCUGCGAUGUCGCACACGAACAUCUCCCCCAUGAACCCGCAGCAACUGCAGUACCAGCAAGCCCUCCUCGCGCAAGCGCAAGCACAGAUGCCGAGACCGGCCCCGGGGGCGUACUACGGCAGUCCGAACGGGAUGGCGUACGCGCCGCAGUCCCAACCGCCGCUCGAUCCUUAUCGCAAUGGAAGUCCGAUGAUGCCGCCCGGGAUCGGGUAUCAGCCGCAUGGUUUCGGCCAGAUGGGCAUGGGGAUGGGGUCGUAUGGGGGUUAUCCGCAGAUGCCUCCUCCGGGCCAGAUGCCGGGGUAUUUUCCGCAGGGACAGGGGAUGCAGCAGGGGAUGCAGCAACAGCAAGGGGGGCAGGGAAGGAGGGGGAGGGUGAGUUGA